AUGGCACCCAACAACUACAGCACAGACGAGAAAGUCUUAUGCUUUCACCACGAAAUACUCUAUGAGGCCAAGAUCCUCGAACUGCGACACAAGGAUAGCUCUGACAAGAAGAGCCCCUUUGAGUACCGUGUCCACUACAAAGGAUGGAAGAAUACAUGGGAUGACUGGGUCCUUGAAGACCGUCUACGCAAGUGGACUGAUGAGAACCGUGAACUCGCCACCAACAUACGGAAAGAAGCUGAAGCAUCGCUUAGAGGGAAAAAUGUGAAGACCCCUACUUCGAAGAAACGGGCAAUAUCAGAGCAUAGCUCUGUCCGUGAUAGCGAAGAGCGUGGAAAUUCAGUUUCUGGUCGAGGCAACAAGCGAGUCCGAGAAAAUGAUAUCGAGAGGGUAAGUUGUGUGUCAUUCUGCCAGUUUGCCAAUUGUGUUAGUCUUUUGUUUUCUCAUCUGCCUUGA